AUUUGAUGGAAGUGUUUGUCCUUUUUUUAUGAUUUUCGUUCGAUCACGACUUUGUCAACGAAUCGAAUUCUGCUCACAGAAUGAAAGCAGGGUCCCCUUAAGCCAUUUAAAGCCGCUCAUUUUUUAAGCGAUGCUGGGUAAUUUGAUAGAACUCGUAAGAGCAAUUCAAAAAAGUACCUUAGAUCCGAUACGUGUAGGUGGCUUUGACCGUGUACAGGGCUUUUCUAAAUACUGGACAGCCCUGUUAUAUUUGAAUUGAAUACAAUUGCUGGCUUUGGGAUGAACAAGAAAUCGAUAAUUUACCAUUACGGUCGAUGAAUAGCCAUGGGCCUGUAAAUCACCACGCGGACUGAGAUAUCUGUAAGGAGCACCAUGGUGCGUAUGUGUGUGCAUGUGCAUUUCUAAGUAUUCGAUACGACGUUGGAGAGCUGUUACUCGUAUCAAUACAUGCGAAUGAAUCUGGUCCACGUACUGCAUUGAUUAGGGACGUUCUCUAGCAAGCCUGCACUCCCCUGAACCACAUGGAAAACAAUACUUUACAUGUUAGGCAGCAACAUUAGUCAGCUUGCUAUCGUUGAGCAACUACGAUCGCGUUAUACGAAGCCAGCUCGGCAGAAGAUGAUACAAAUUAAGGAUGUUGCCUAUUCACGUUGGAGACCCCCGAUACGGGGCACGCUACCAAGCUUUAUUAUAGGGACGGUGGUCGGCUUUUCAAUGGCAAUGUUUAUUAUCAUGGUUAUGGAAAAACCCAUGCAACCAAUUUCGUAUGGACGAUUUUUACAACUGCAACAGGCAAUGUUGCAGCACCAGAACGGGCCACAUCAUGACGAUUACGAAGAUGCUGAACUUCUGCCGGGCGAAGAUGUCAAAACCCAGAAUUUUCACGAUCACAAACAAACUUAUAGUGAUGAUCUCAGCGAAAAGGUACGGGUUCUUUGUUGGGUGAUGACAAACCCCAAAACGCAUUCGAGUAAAGCUAGGCAUGUUCAGUUGACAUGGGGUAAACGGUGCAAUAUAUUACUGUUUAUGUCGAGCCAAAAAGACAACAACCUGACCAAUGUGGUGGCCCUGAAGAUGGAUGCCGAGGACCGAGAGCACCUAUGGCAGAAGACUAAGCUUGCCUUUGAAUACGUACACAAGCAUUACCGGGAUAUGGCUGAUUGGUUUCUCAAGGCUGACGACGACACAUACGUGAUUGUUGAGAACUUAAGGUACUUCUUAUCGAGACAAAAUACAACGAACCCAGUUUAUUUUGGGCAUAAGUUUAAAAGGCAUGUCAAGGAAGGGUACAUGAGCGGCGGCGCCGGCUAUGUCCUGUCGAAGGAAGCUCUUGAUAGAUUUGCGGAGGGGCACAAAGAUGCCUGUAGAAAGGAUCCAGGCGGAGCCGAAGACGUCAAUAUGGGUGAAUGCCUCGCGAAGCUCGGAGUGGAAGCUGGCAAUUCUCGAGAUCAGUUCGGCGGUGAGAGGUUCCUACCGCUGAGUGCUCCGGCGCACCUUACGGACGGGCUACCCAGCUGGUUCUGGAGCUAUACAGCGUAUAAACAGAACGGUGGCGAAAAAAGUAUAAGCGACUCGGUCAUCUCGUUCCAUUACACUGAGUCGACGAUGAUGCACGUGAUAGACUUCAUGCUUUAUCACAUACGGCCCUACGGAGUCUACGCAUGGUACGAAAAGGAGCAAAUAAAAAACGAACCCAAUCGACCCUUUGAUAAGGAGUCGUAUUAGGCCAGCAGCGAUUCUUCAAUAGAUUUGUCGAGUCUGGCUCCUUUAUUCGCAGCUGCGGUAACACUUGCAAUGAAUUAUAAACAGAGAACAAAAGUUGAGCUAUAUUCCUGAGGGAGCAACAUAUGGUUAGCGCCAGAAUUUACGAGAACUUAGAACGUCUCGAACGAUCAGCGAAGAACUAUUCUACUCAAGGGCGUCCAAAUUACACUUGCUGGUACAUGUUGAAAUGAUUGAUUAUUGUAAAACCGGAAGUAAACUCAGCGUGUACUCACCAAAUUCUGUUCCUUCGAUCAGUAGAGGUUUGCUAUCGCAUGAUACCACACAGGUGACCACGAAAAAGAAGGCUGUUGACUACGAUAUCAUCGCAGUAUUUAUAGACGAUAACCGAAAGGUCUUUGUAAGGAACGGCUGUAGAGUGCUCGUUUCUGCCGGCCAACGACGCUGAGACGGUUCAUUUCACUUUGCUGGCAGCGGUGGAAUAGUUGGCGAUAUAUCCAAAUGCUCGGAAAAGUUACCUGAACGGCUGCGUGAUUGGCAACUUCUUCGCGUUAUAUUCGACGAAAAUAAACCCAAACGAAGCAUUAAAAGGUACGAACUGCUUACGGAGGAAUGGAGAUUAGGUUAUGAGGCAGGCGCGACAGUCGCACAUGGUUUAACUUCAAGAUCGUUGUAGGGGAGGCGUGGGGUAGCUUUAAGAGCUGUACGAACAGUUGCCCUCGGUAGAGGCCAACCCGUCAAAGAUGUUGUUGCCGCUGCAGUAAGGACAGGGAGAUGUUUGAACGGUCUACGCGCGUUAAACGGGCACUGAUGAAUAAGCUGUAGGUCAAUCCGAAAAUCAGCGUGUUCCUGGCAAAUGUCGGAAAAACAGCAUCGGUCGGCUUUUUUUUUUAAAAGCAUCGUCCUCGUACCCUGAAUUAGUUCUAGAGGUCUAAGCUUACAUGGCGGACAAGCUUAGCAACCGUUUCCGGAAGCUUACAGAGUUAGAAGAAAUACCAGUUGCUGUCGUUGUUCUGGAAGAGGGCAUGUCAGUGGCCUGAAUUCGUGGGUAGGAGUUGAGGGCAGACAAGGCAAGACACCGAAGUGGCAGGCUACAGCUGUAUUAACACUAAGUCUGGAAGGCCGUCUUUCGGGGGCACCGAUAUACGCCUGCCGUUGAAGAAAGCCUGUCUCAGUACAUUGAUCAUUGAGGGUAGUCUUAGCCAAUUAUAGGUAAGGUGCGGUAAUACAAGUGUUCCAAAAUAUAUAAAAUCAAUGCUUGCACCUUCAUCGACGGUACAUUGUAUAAGUUUGAGGGGAUCACGACCAGUCCUGCAAAAAUCAGGUGAAGCAUUGAUGUUUGUAGCCUACCACAAAAACGUUAAUAAAAACAUAAUCCGAUUGAUGGCGUGAUGUUUUUCUGGCGGGGAGGUACGGGCUAAAGCACGUGAGUUCAUACGGCGCGUGCCGUAUUGCUGAAGAGAGCCGCUUCUACUUUGAUGAUCAGCGAUUUGUAAAUCUCGCACGUCAAUCUCGCAAAGAAUCUUUAUGGGCGGUUCGCAAGCGUACGUUCCGUACGCGAAAAGCACGGUCACGACAGCACCGUUGGACAUAACGGAAACAGCGUACGACCUGGGCUCGUAAGUGGUAGAGUGGAUCAUCGGAGCCUUAGCAUCGACCGGGACAACAGAAGCAAGGGGAGCCGGGGUGACACCCGUAACCUUAGCGACGACUGGAACAGCGUGUGCUACACGAGCAGCAUGAGCUGGGCCGGCGUACCCAUCGUAAAAACCAGCUUUGGCGGUAUGAAAAUAGCAUAUAUGGCGAAGGUCUUCGAAAUCGUCGUAGCUUCGAGGAGAUGCGCCGAAUUUUGACUCUCAGUAGGAUAUCUAUUGUAAUAUCCGCUGACGAGACGUGUCUGAGUUGAGCGAUGAAAGCGAAACAAAAACCCGUUGGUUCUUCCCAAUCUCCUGAUCUCUGCAAGAAAAAAUAGUGGCGAUACUCAUUAUGAUAUGUUUCGCUCUAGCUAACAAAAUGAAUAACGAGGAAGCGACGCGAAGUAAGAAAAUUAUUGCUCGAGUCGCUUAGCUUCUCAAAAUAUAAUGAUAGACAAUGACGAAGGAAACUCGUAUGUGGCCGGAGCACUUCAUAAUUGUAUGCUUGGUCCGCUGAUGCAAUAGCGCUCGCGGGAGUUUUGGCAACUCAUACAUGCCUGUUUGUUGCUUUUGCCGUCAUUUCUGCAGUCUAUCUAUUAUCAUAUACUGCCAUUUUCGAUCCCGGCAGCUUGAUGUAAUUUUCAGACUGGCUGCAAGUGUGCCUGGUUGCCGAUGCAAUCGUCUGGACCCGUGUGCGUGUGUAUAUGUAUAUGUUGAAACAUGCGUCAGCUCGCUGACUAUCCAGAAACGAGCGAUUUGAUAUCGGCUUUAGCUUUGCUCGGAAAGGCGGCUUCAGUAGCUCGAAAAAACAGGCCCAGCCGCCUUCGGCGCUUUUGUUGCUGGUUCCGUACCCACCAAAGGUCCCCACGGAGACCCCCGAUCCCCACCUCGAAGGAACACAUUGCAUAGACACAGGCAUACAUUGGCUAUUCAGAAAUAACGAUGACGAUGAAGCUACCGCCGACGAAAACAACGACAGUGACAGAAAUCACUAUUAUAGAAACGAGCAUACAUUCAUUCACUUCUGUGCGCCACGCUGAAAUACUAUCGAUCGAAUGAAAUGAAAUAAGAUGGACUCUCAAUAGAAUGGUCAAGCGGCAGAUAUUUUUAUCAACCUGUAAAAAUUAUAAGCCUAUCAUAUAUGAUACUAUACGACGAGCACGCUUGACCCUAAGCGCUGACGAUAACCUAAAGGCCGGGUUAGUGUUAACAAGUAAACUUAAAGCUAAGCUGGAAUUAAUUUCCAUCCAAACAUUCACAUGGUAAGCAAACAAAGGUUCAUCCUCGUUCAUGCUCGUGUAUAAAAUAGUAUAAAGAAAUUCAGAGUCCAAAUAAAUACAGAGGAAGCGCCUGAUUUGCAAGAGUUACCUUUAUGGAGGUAAUUCUAACGAGAUUCUAAAGUUUAACGAAAACAUGAACAGUUUUUAUGAGAAGUAGGUAUUUACCUGUAACUUGCAACAAAACUAUAAAUAUUGGCAAUUUUCUAAAUCUUUCUUUAUUGGAUGGCUGAAAUGUUUCUUACUGACUACGGCUGUUGGUUCGAGACUGCGUGUCGGUAUCUGUUGUUCUCUGCGGCCAUCAGCAUCGCAGCAGAAAGACUACGAAACAUAUACUUUGUAAGAGAACAGUUAGUUUUUUUUUUAAACUUAGCUAGUGAUGAUUCCUAUAAUUACAAGACUACUAUUAAAUGAAUGCACGAUAUUAUAUUGCAUGAUAAUCUUUUCGAAGCACGCGUAUUUUAUCACAAUUGAACACGAUCCAACUUGCUGUUGUUAACCUUCUAGAACAGUUGUAACAAGUAAUAUAUAAUAAUGUUUCAUUACAAGCCUACUAUUAUAUAUACAUAUAUAUAUAUAUAUAUAUAUAUAGAUUGCAGUUUUAGGAUUUCGUUAUGCGUUAAAAGUACUUUAUAUGUAGGAUUGGAAAGUUUGGCCUGUUGUCGCUUCUCUAGCUCCACUAGACACUGUUACGGUAUCGACAGGACGGAUUUCAAUUGUAUAUCAACAAUU